UAUGGCAGUCUUUACUUCGUUCGUUUUCGUUUUUGCUGUUUUUGCUACUGUCACUACAACCAAUGCGCUUCCUAUAUGGGAGCACCAUGGCCAAGUUCAACGGCGCUCUCCGGAAUCGCAGAAAGAUAGAAUAACUAUGGGGUUUGGCAUCGCGAUCGCUAUCAUCGUCAUCGCAACACUCGUUUUCUAUUUAGGUCUUCGGCGUGGUCAGACGGGAACAUGGCUUUGGUGGCGGACUCGUGCUUCUGAGAGUCUACCCAAGCCCACAAGAUCACUGGAGUCAUAUUCCCGCUCAGCCUCUCUUAAUUCCGCGAAACUCUCAAGAAGCAAGAGCAAUCAGUCCAUAUCAACCAUCAGCAUCUCAACACCCGAACCCGUCCACAUAUCUACGUUCCCCAUAGUCAGUCCCGUUCAAGAAGAUUUUCCGCGAGAUCGCCAAUCUUCGCAACACCAACCCGAAAGCGUCCCCCGCGUACACGCAAGACCUACAGUAUUUACGCACAAGGUUUACGAACUGCGCGAUUCCGUCCCCACGAUGCCCCCCAGCAUCGCAAAACCAACAAAAUCUUCCGAACGUAUGCGAAACACUUAUCUACUGGCACGAAGCACGCAAGACAUGAGACGAAGCCGCUAUCUAAGCGUUCGCAGACCCAAUGUCCCGAAAACGACCAACCCCCCCGCGAAAGAACAAAGUCGGAAGGUUAGUUUCGACGAGUGGAGGAGCGAGUAUGCACCCAGCCGCAGCGGCACAAUAGUGCAGCAACCUAGUCGCACGAAAUCGCCUCAGCCAUGGCUCUGCGAAAAUACAGCGGUGGUGCUUGAUAAAGAGGUUGAGUUCGCGAUCUUCGAAUUGGAUGAGGAUAACGAGAUGGGAGUCGGAUCAAGGCCUUGUAGCAGGUCGUCUCAAGAUACUUUAGUAACGCCUGUUUCGCCACGACUGUUACCAACGGGGGAGAAAGAAAUGGAAUGGCCUAGCCCACCUGGUUCACUUCAGUAUCCACAGCCGCUACUCAUCAGACUAAGGUCAAUGAUAGGGGAGUGUGAUGACGAGUGGGAGUGCUCGAGUACAACUGACAUAGAAGAAUGUUCUUCGAGUGACAGCGACUGCUGCAGCGACGAGGAAAGUGACGAGGAAGAUCACGAUGAGUUCGAAUAUGACGUCAAGUUUGAUUUUGAUAUCCAAGCUAUCGAAGCCGGGGUUGCUCAAAGGACUGAAUCUUGGGUCAAAAAUGAUUUUCCCAGUGGCAUGGUGGCGUUCGAGGAGGGUAUUGAUGCAGAAGACGAAGAAAAAGAGGGUGUCGAGAAGGAUCGCUACCAUGGAACUGUCAAAGCUCAGAGUGCAAAGAUAGUCGGAUGCAUAGAGCCGCUGAAAGAGUCGACAGACGAUGACAUUUCGUCAGAACAUCAGUCACAUUCACUAAGCCGCAGCGAGGAAAACAUGGACUGGACAGGCAUCGAGUGGAUUAAAAGGGUGUAUACACGAAGACAGGGUAGCGACACAAGUUUCCUGAAGGUGAAUUAG